CCGCCCACUACUCGGAGGCUAGUCGGCGGCUCUCCAAGUGCAUCCGUGCCCGCGCUCAGCUCAGCUCAGCUCAGCCAGGCCACCGCGGGAGGGAACAUGGCGACGGACAAGAGCAAGCACGAGGGACGAGUCAAAAUCGGACACUACAUCCUCGGCGACACGCUCGGCGAGGGAACGUUCGGGAAAGUGAAAGUGGGCCAGCACGAGCUGACCAGGCACCAAGUCGCUGUGAAGAUCCUGAAUCGGCAGAAGAUCCGCACCUUGGACGUGGUGGGAAAGAUCCGCCGGGAGAUCCAGAACCUCAAGCUUUUCAGGCACCCUCACAUAAUUAAACUGUAUCAGGUUAUCAGCACCCCUACAGACAUCUUCAUGGUGAUGGAGUACGUCUCUGGGGGAGAGCUCUUUGACUACAUCUGCAAGAACGGAAAGUUGGACGAGAAGGAGAGCCGUCGACUGUUCCAGCAGAUUAUUUCAGCGGUGGAUUACUGCCACAGGCACAUGGUGGUGCAUCGAGACCUCAAGCCCGAAAAUGUCCUGCUUGACGCGCACAUGAAUGCAAAGAUCGCCGACUUUGGUUUAUCAAACAUGAUGUCCGAUGGUGAGUUUCUACGGACAAGCUGUGGUUCUCCAAACUACGCGGCCCCUGAGGUCAUCUCCGGACGGCUAUAUGCCGGCCCAGAGGUGGACAUAUGGAGCAGCGGGGUCAUCCUCUAUGCCUUGUUGUGCGGGACCCUUCCCUUCGACGACGACCACGUGCCAACGCUCUUCAAGAAGAUCUGCGACGGCAUCUUCUUCACUCCGCAGUACUUAAACCCCGCCGUCAUCAGCCUCUUGAAGCACAUGCUCCAGGUGGACCCCAUGAAGAGAGCCACCAUCAAGGAGAUCAGAGAGGACGACUGGUUCAAACAGGACCUGCCCAAGUACUUGUUCCCCGAGGACCCGUCCUACAGCAACAACAUGAUCGAUGACGAGGCCUUGAAGGAGGUGUGUGAGAAGUUUGAGUGCACCGAGGAGGAGGUGCUCGCCUGCAUCUACAGCCGCAACCACCAGGACCCGCUGGCCGUGGCCUACCACCUCAUCAUCGACAAUCGCCGCAUCAUGAACGAGGCCAAGGACUUCUACCUGGCGUCCAGCCCCCCCGACUCCUUUCUGGACGACCAGCACCUGUCGUCGACGUCCAGCGCGGCCGUGUCCGCCGUCGUCAAGCCCCACCCCGAGCGCGUGCCCUUCCUGGUGGCCGAGACGCCUCCGCGGCCCCGCCACACGCUGGACGAGCUGAAUCCCCAGAAGUCCAAGCACCAGGGCGUGCGGCGGGCAAAGUGGCACCUUGGCAUCCGCAGCCAGAGUCGCCCCAACGACAUCAUGACCGAGGUGUGCCGUGCCAUGAAACUGCUGGACUACGAGUGGAAGGUGGUGAAUCCCUAUUAUUUACGCGUGAGAAGGAAAAACCCAGUGACGAGCAUGCAAACCAAGAUGAGCCUUCAACUCUACCAAGUGGACAGCCGAACCUACCUCCUCGACUUCCGUAGCAUAGACGAUGACAUGUUGGAAACUAAAUCAGGAACGGCGACCCCUCUCCGCUCCGGCUCGGUGGGCAACUACCGCACCACCAUCAAGAACGAUGCGGAGGGGGCGGAGUCCGGCGCCACGCCGCCGCCGCCCAAAGCCGCGGAGGGCUCGCUAGCGUCGUCGCUGACCUCAUCCAUCGACUCGACGGGGGCCGCCGACGUCCCGUCAGUGCCUCGACCGGGAAGCCACACCAUCGAGUUCUUUGAGAUGUGCGCUAACCUGAUCAAGCUGCUCGCACGAUAGCUCGCAAAAAAAAAAACAACAACCACACAACAAUCGCUAUAGCCUUGUUUGCUCUCUCCCGAGUGUCUUUAUAGCAAUAAGCAUGCAAUUCACGGCUCGGCUCAUCCCGGCUGAGGACGCUCCGACGGCACUGAUGCAGGCUUCCUGAAGCUGGAGGGACGCGCGCUGGGCUGGCAGGGAAUGUGAGGGAUUUAGACGCCACCACAAACGGUUGAGCUGACAAGAGUUAAGGAAAGCGUUUUUGCUUGCUUCCCGAUCAAUUUAACAGCCCACCUUCAAAAAAAAAAAGUUUAAAAAAGCAACAACAAAAAAAAGUGAUGACACUGAAUUCCCUGUACUGUUGUAACCAGUGGGCACUGCUUCUAGUACUAAAAAGUGAGAUCAAGUUAUUUUCUUUCGUUUGCUGCAGAGAAGGAAGCUUUUAGGACGCAGGAAGAAGCACUUUUUGCACAACUUUCUUUAAUUCCUGCUGCUCUCGGUGGGGAUCAGGAUGUCUGGCGCCCUCGUCAAUGACUUCCCAUGUUUGUACCUGCAGUCAUCAUCACAACGCCUCUUUUUUUUUUUUUGUCGUCCUCGUCGCUGUAGAGUUAACUUUUGUUUGUCCCCGACAUUUUUUAACGAAUAUAUAUAUAUAUAUAAAGACGUCAUAUUUAUCAGUGAGUGGACUUGUGUUGGUUGUAUCGCUGGAGAAGUCCCGUCUUCUGCUUUUUUGAAUCAUCACUCGUGUCUGUCAAUCAUCCGAGCGUUAUUUGAUAUCCUUGAGAUAUAUCAUCCUCUUUCCGGUGUCACGUAUUAAAAUGACACCUUGAUUUUUAUUUUUUUUUUGUUUACAUGUCGUAUCUUGUUUAUUUUGUUACUAUAAUGACAUCUAUAAUUGAGAGUCGAAUUAAGAAGAAAAAAAUCGCCUUUUGCCUGCGUGCAGUUCGGUCAUGCCAAUCCACCCACGUGGGCGCUUAAAAAUGAGAAGACGUCCUGACUUCCCUCGCGUUCCUGCAAAGUCGGAAGGCUUUUAAACGGGUAAGGGAAGUUGGGGGUGAUGGAUUUAAAAAAAACUAAACAAAAAAUAAAAAUACACACCAGACAAGCUUAUGAAUGUGUCACCCGUUUAUUUUUGAGCUGCGGCGGUGUUCCAAAAAAAGCAAAAAGCGUCUCUCGUUUCAUGUCCGGUUCGUAUCUGCUGUUGGGGUUGCCUUACCGUCGUUCUCAGUACUGUCGUUCUGUUGUGCAACUGUUUUCAAACCAUGAGGAAGGUUAAGGUGCAUGUUUGUUCUCAGUGUCAAGUCAGAAAAAAAAAAAUUUAAAA